UGGUUACUCGGAGGCGUGAUAUCAUUAAGACGCGACGGUGCUCGAGUUCGUCGUUGAGAGUGAAGCGCGCUGUUCAUUCAUCAUGGCACCUUCACCGACCAAGCGUAGGGAACGCUCAGAGGAUAAACCCAGAGAGAGAGCGAAGGAGAAACCAGCAGGAAAAGAAGGAGCAGAGAAAGAGAGAGGUCGAGAUAAGAUCCGUAAACGUCGCAGUAACUCCACUGGCAGCAGCAGCAGCAGAUCCAGUUCUAGCUCCAGCAGCAGUUCUGGUUCCAGCUCGGGCUCAUCCAGUGGAUCCAGCUCUUCCUCUGGCACCAGCCGUUCUGGGUCAUCCAGCUCCUCCCGUUCCUCCAGCUCGUCUGGAUCCUCCGGGUCCCCCAGUCCGAGCCGCCGUCGCCACGACAACCGACGCCGUUCACGAUCAAAAUCCAAAUCACAAAAACGUACCGAUGAGAAAGAGAGGAAGAGGAGGAGCCCCAGUCCCAAACCAACCAAACUUCAUCUGGGAAGACUCACCAGGAAUGUAACCAAGGACCACAUUCAAGAGAUCUUCUCAACUUACGGAAAGAUCAAGAUGGUUGAAAUGCCCCCAGACCGCUUGCAUCCUAAUUUAUCAAAGGGCUAUGCUUAUGUAGAAUACGAGUCUCCAGAAGAUGCCCAGAAGGCCCUAAAACACAUGGAUGGAGGUCAGAUUGAUGGUCAGGAAAUCACAGCCAGCGCUGUUCUGCCACAAAGGAUACGACCUGUCCCGCGAAGAAUGACACCACCACGCAGAAUGCCCCCUCCACCUCCUAUGUGGCGCCGUACGCCACCUCGCAUGAGGAGAAGAUCUCGGUCUCCACGGCGACGUUCCCCGGUGAGGAGGCGCUCUCGCUCCAGGUCUCCGGGUCGCAGACGUCAUCGCUCCCGCUCCAGUUCCAACUCAUCCCGUUAGAUUCUUCAUUCAGGCAGCAGCAUACUUCAGAUUCACCUCCAUGAUAUUUCUCCCAUGUGAGCCCGUUGCUUUAGAUUAAUUUGGAGAUGAAGUGUCGGGAGGGUUUUACUUUCACUAGUACCUCGGAAUUGUACGUAAAUGUAAACGCCCUUUAUAACAUCUUUUUGAGUUGGUGUGAAUGUGAUUUGGAUAUUUUUUGCAUAUGUGCUUCUACUAGUGUUAGAUUUCUUUUUGUCAUGUGUUUUUUGAUAAAUACAGCUUUAUUGCUGGUUUGUUUUAAGAUUCAUUACUUCAUUUCUUUCCCAAUAACAGAAAUGUUUGUCGUUUUGUUGGUUGCAUUGUUGGCCUAUAUUCCAACCUGCAGAAAUCAAAAUGCGUGAUUUCUGAUCCUGUAAACGUGUUGAUCUAUAAGAUUUACAACAAAUCAAUAAACAAGUUUAACAUCCUA